CUGUUUUUCUUUUCGCGUCUAGCACUCUAGCGUCUAGCAGAAAAAGGGUGAUUGGUGGUGUUCGACUCCGAAUCGUUCGUUGCAAAUGUUUUGUACACUGUUAUUUAUUACACGUAUUCGUUCUAGCGCAAGUUCGUGUUUAUCGAUGCAAAAGUACUGCUCCAGUUUACAUUCUUGAUACCGUUUGGAGUAUUUGGAUAUCAAUUACUCAGCGAUAUUGUAUAUACACACACAAAGUGCAAGUUUUAUCGAAACUGUAUAUAUAGACGAACUGUGUAAUAUGGCACCAAAAAUCGUUGUUGUCGGUUCCUGUAUGAUUGAUUUUACUUGUUUCUCUCCACGCUUGCCUAAACCUGGUGAAACGAUCAUUGGAACCAGGUUUGAAAAGAAGUACGGAGGUAAAGGCGCUAAUCAGUGCAUAGCAGCUGCCAAACUCGGUGGAUCCACCGCGCUCGUUGCUUCAUUGGGUCACGACGUGUUCGCCAAAGAGUAUCUGGAAAUUUUUAAAAAGGAACACGUAGACGCGUCUCACGUUAAGAUACAAAACGACAAGCACAGCGGCAUUGCUCACAUUACUGUUGCUGAAGACGGAGAGAAUAGUAUCGUAAUUGUACUGGGCGCAAAUGAAUCGUUAAGUCCGGGGGACGUGGAUUCUGCCAUUGAUAUCAUUAGGAGCGCUGAUGUUUUACUAUGCCAGUUUGAGGUUCCGUCGAAAACUACGCUACACGCGUUGAAGUUGUACCGAGGCCACGGUUUUUCCAUCGUCAAUGGAGCGCCCGCAAUGAAAGAGGUCGAUGAAGAAAUCUUGAAACAGUGCGACAUUUUCUGCGUCAAUGAGACGGAGGCGGAAAUUAUGACGGGCAUUCAGCCCGUAGACUUGUCGAAUGUACAGCAAGUCGCGGACAAACUCCUAGCCAAGGGAUGCAACGCGCUUAUACUUACCCUCGGGCCGCUGGGCGCUGUGUACGCGUCGAAAGCGAGUAGAAACAUUACGCAUGUUCCUACUACCGAGGUCCACCCCAUGGACACUACCGGCGCCGGUGAUGCAUUUUUGGGUGCACUGGCGUAUUUCAAGGCAUAUCACCCGCAGCUAUCGAUGGACGAGUGCAUCAAGAGAGCUUGCGUGGUCGCCACUCAAUCCGUCCUUAAAUUCGGCACGCACGCAAGUUUUCCAACGAGAAGCGAUCUCCCAGCGGAUCUGUUUGUAUGAGCCAGAAACGUGGUCAAAGUUUCAAUACGUUAGCCGUUUACCUGCUGUAUCGUAUCUCCGAAAUCAGCUUUGUAGGAGACUUUGUUACACUGAACAGUUUUAAAAUAAAGAUCGAUCGAUGUAUUCCAGACCAAGA